AUGGCAGACACGAAUAACAGCAGUACCGCAGCGGAGGAUAGCAACCCUAUCCUGCGCCAUGCCCGGGACCAAGAAAUCGACAGAUUCGGGGCACGUCUCAUAGACAAGACCCAGCAAUGGCAAGAUCAGUUCCAGGCCUCGAAGCCGGAGAAACAGAACACCAGCGACACCACCAAGUCCAAGAAAGGACCCCCUGGGGGAUUCGAUGCGACUCCGGUCCCAGACGCGCCACCUGGCUACACCCUUAGAGUCACCUUCGUCCGCGCCGACAACCUCCCAUAUGCCGAUCUUGGUACCUUGUCGGCCGAUCCUUACAUUAUCGCGACACUCAAAACUUCGCUCCCGAAGCGACACAAGGAAGAUUCGCCCCUCCGAAUACGUAUCCCUACGGUGCAUAGGAAUACUAAUCCUGUCUGGAACGCCGAAUGGGUUAUUGCCAAUGUGCCAGCUUCCGGAUUCUAUCUCAAGUGCCGACUAUACGAUGAGGACCCCGCGGAUCAUGACGAUCGCCUAGGCAACGUUCACAUCAACGUCCCAGCAAUUCAUAAUGACUGGACUGGCUUCAAGGAGCAGACGUACGAGCUCAAGAAGCGAAUGGGCAGCAAGCGUGCCUACACUUUUCGCGGAUGCGCUGCCAUGUUUUCGAGAUCUGUCAAGUUCUCUGGCUCGCUUGUCGUAACUAUCGAGAACCUAGGACCUACACAGGACGAAAACGGCGGCCGGGCCUACACUGUGGCACCUUUGGCGUGGAGCCAACAUUACUCUCCUCUUAUCGGAAGGCUUACGGGAACGAAGGAGCGGGAUGAGGACAAAGACGGCAAGCCCGGUGUCGAUCGUUAUAAUUUCCAGGCGAUCCAGAUGCAACUUAAAGGCCCCGUGCCGGCCGAGCUGUAUCACCGAUAUGUUGAGUUCAAACCCUUUGUUGCAGGCAUGUUCACCGACAAGUCACUCCGAGGCCGCAUACUGAACAGAGCCCUUCAUCAUCAACAUGCUCGAAUAUACAACUACGACAAGUCAACCGUUUAUGGCAAAUAUGAAGAGCCAUGCCCUGAGAUGACCAAAAAGUUUCUCGAGUUCUGCCACUGGGAUCAGGGUGGCCGUAUCUUCACCUAUGUUUUGACACUGGACGGUCACUUUCGUUUUACUGAAACAGGCAAAGAGUUUGGCAUCGACCUGCUAUCGAAGCACACGAUGCAUAGCGACGUGUCGAUCUACAUUGCGUUCUCUGGCGAGUUCUUCAUCCGUCGUCUCCGGCAUCCCCACGGACGUCGUCCGGAAAGUGGUAACAGUGGCGAAGCUGUGGACGACCUCCUGCCGCCGGAGGAUGACCAUGUGGAGGAAGAACGCUCUAGGAACAAGAACCUCAAAUUUCAAGAUCCAAAGUACUACGAGCUCGUCAUUGACAACGACAGUGGCACCUAUCGGCCCAAUGCGAAAAUGCUCUCCAAACUCAAGGGGUUUUUUGCGCAAAAUCUGCCCGGCUUAAAGGUUGCUACGCUAGACUGCCAAGCGGAUGAAGAGAAAAUGAACAAAUUGAAGGACGAGCAAAGGGAAAAGAAGAAGCACACCGGCGCUCACAUCACAUAUCUACAGAACAGCUCUAUGAGUUCCAUCAGCAGUAGCGAAGAGGAAGAACUCAACAACAGAGCCGACGGCCAAGUCAAGGAGCCCAAGUAUAAACACGAGUAUCACAAAUACAUGGGCAGAGGUGAAGACAAGCAUCAUGGCGACGGCUCAGCAGCGAAGUCAGACACGAACGCAGGCGAGAAGGGGAGCAACGGGUCAGCUUCACCAGCCUCUCCCACAAACGAGAAGGCCGUAGAAAGUGCAGACGACGGUGAUACCCAGACGAACGUCGAUGAGAGCAACAAAUCGGACGAGAAGAGCAGCAAUCCCCUCAUCCACCCAUGGAAGUCCGGCGCGCAGCAUCUCACGGUGAAUGGCGUCGUGGGCAAGCACGCACAGAAGCAGGCCAAAGAAGAGGGCGAGGCGAGAGGUGAGGCAUUGAACGAUCACUAUGAGAAGCAGGACGAGAAGAGCAGCACGCCGUCCUAG